AAAAACUUUAAACAAAGAUAUCCUUCACUUCUGGAUCCAACAAAAGCCAAGAUAGAGAUCGGAGUGACCCCUAAAAUAAGGACUGAACAGACGGCCGACGCUUUCCUACAAGGAAUCAAAGAAACAGUAAUUAAACAGAAGUCUGGGGCAGAAGACAGUGGUAUUGAAAGCGAUGAAUCUUCUAGUGAUGAGAGCGAAGAACAGGGCGUAAGACUAGAGAAACCAAAACUCGUGAAGGAGUUACGGAUAAGCAGUUCAAUGCAGAGUCUCAUCAAAAGGGUUAACAAAAGGCUGGGGUUCGGAGUUGACAAUGAAUUGGACGCCAAACAGCUCCGACAUAUAGUGAGGGCCUGUUAUUUCGAAUUCGCCCUCUUUGGACAAAACAGCGGCUGGUGUUCAGUACUCGGCGACGAAGAGAUUCGUAUUCUUGAAUACUUGGAUGACAUCGAAGAUUAUUACGAAGACGCCUAUGGUCGUGAUAUCAAUGGUAAACAGACGUGUCCUCUAAUUGGAGACCUUUUUGCUAAAGUGAAGCAAUCGGUUGAUAAACCAAAAGAAUUAAAAACUCAUCUUCAGUUCACUCACGCGGGUGUUAUGAAGCGAUUGUACUCCGGUUUAGGCCUUUUUGAUCACUUAAGUAAUGAAAUGGACAGUAAGACACUAGCAUUCAUCAAAUCUGAUGAAUCCGUUUGUUUGGGUGACAACCGAAAGUGGAAGUCAUCACUAAUUUGUCCGUUUUCUGCCAAUUUUGCGGCCAUUCUUUACAAAUGUAAAGAUAGUAAAAGUGAUGACAAAAAGUAUGGAAAAUACAAAUUAUUGACUCUGGUUCAGGAAAAGCCAGUCAUAAUAAAGGGUUGCGAUUCGUACCUGUGCUCUGUCGACAAAUUCAUUGAAUCAUUUCAACAAAUGACAUCCAAUUGUGAUCUCAAAGAGAUUUGCAGGAUAUAAUUAUUAUUUUUAACAUUUAAAUGCUUUUAUCGAAUAACUUUUAUAUUUAAUUAUUUUUUAAUUUGUAACUCAAAUGUUUUAUUGUAGAAUAAUUUUAUCUAAUAAUAUAUAUAACUACCGGUG